AUGAAACUAAAUUUUCCAAGUAAAAAUAUUUUCAAAUCAAAUCAAAUGAUUUCAUUUGGUUAAAAAUAAAUGGUUUUUUUAAGCUGAUUUAAAAAAAAAAAGAUUCUACGUGUCACAUGUGAUAGAUUCUUUCUCACUCCAUCUUUCAUGGAUCACUGCUAAAAGAACGCAAAAUAUAAAUUGAAAGUUAAAUUCCAGUGUCUCAAUGUUACUGAAAGGUUUCAAUCCAAUGUGAUAGAAGAGAAGUUGGCCAAUUCAGUAGAUCGGAUCGAGAUCGUCAACGAGGUUGUCCUAGGGAAGCUGGCAAAAAGCGUCCAAUUACGUGAGUUGGCGCCACUGUUUGACCGUUUGUCGUCGUGUGUUGUCCGCUCGCAGGUACGCAGGGCUCCAGUGGAGGCCACGAACACGCGCCGAACGGAAGAGUGCCAAGGAUCGACGCGUUGACCGCCGACGAGAAUGCGUUCGUUGACCCCCGUCGUGCUGCUGCUCGGUGGCUUGUUCCACCUGACUUUGGCGCAACAACCACCUUACUACAUGCACCGGUGCCAGCGGGACGACCCUGAAGUGAACGAGUGCCUGCGGUAUGCCGGAAACAAGCUGACCCAGCACCUGCGGGAGGGUGGCAUCCCGGAGAUCGGGAUUACCGAUGUGGAACCGGUGGUCGUCGAUGAGAUCAGCAUCGCCCUGGGCAGCGGACCGGACGGCUACAGGGCCUCGUUCAAAAACAUCGAAGCCUUUGGCGUUAGCAAUCUGACCUUUGUGAACAUACGGUCCGACAUCGACACGCUCCAGUUCCAGAUGACGCUGGAGAUUCCGCGCAUCAAGGCGAAGGCCCAGUACAAGUCCUCGGGGGUGCUGCUGCUGCUGCAGGCUUCCGGUUCCGGCGAGUACUGGGGAGAGUAUGAGGGUGUCAAAGCCAAGGUCUACAUGAAGACCUCACCGUACCAGGGAGACGAUGGCUUCACCUACCUGAACGUGGACCAAGCAAAGAUGGACUUUAGCGUGAAGGACAUCAAAAUGGGCGUCGAGAACAUCUCAAACUCGAACGCAAUUCUUCACGCCGCCAUGAACCUGUUCAUCAACACGAACGCCCAGGAGCUGCUCAAAGAGAUGAAGCCCCAGCUGCGAACCAAGCUGACCGAGCAUUUGCACAACUUCAUGCAGGUACUCUUCGACAGGAUUCCGCUCGAGUACUGGCUCGAGUGAAGCAGCACGCAGUUAGAACACAGGAAGGACUGAAUUUUCAUCGCGAAGCAGAAGACGGACUCAAGUCAUCGCGGUGUUUUUAUUUAUCUUGAUUAAUUUGCAUUUAUGUGUAGACAAGGAAGAGCGCCAUAAGCGCUUCUCGAACGGUUUGUUUUUUUUUCCUCUCCAGGAGAUGAAAAAAAUAAGAUCAAUGAUGAAUAAUAAAUAUUGGUUUAACAAUUCCA